AUGGCGUCGGAACAAUUCUCAUUAUGUUGGGACAAUUUCCACAAAAAUAUGAGUUCCGGCAUGAACUCAUUGUUAGAGAGCGAAGACUUAGUAGACGUGACGCUUGCCGUGCAAGGGAAGUGUCUGAAGGCCCAUAAAAUGGUCCUUUCAGUUUGUAGUCCUUAUUUUAAAGAACUUUUUAAAUCGAAUCCGUGUCAACAUCCCAUUGUUUUUAUGAAAGACGUUAGUUACGAAGCCUUAAGUGAUUUGUUACAAUUUAUGUAUCAAGGCGAGGUACAAGUUAGUCAAGAAAAUUUAACUACUUUUAUUAAGACUGCAGAGGCCUUACAAAUUAAGGGACUCACCGGUGACGGAAAUGGUUCGACUGACAAUGAGGUCACCGAAGUGGUGCCCGAAAAGCACUCAGUUCAAGUCGAAGAGUACAAACCCACUCCUCGGCCGAAAAAGCAACCGCAACCCCUCCCCGCGCCCAUGUCUUCCCCCUCGGUCAAGCGACAAAGGCUGAGCAUGUCUAGUAACGAUUCCCAACCCUUACCUCCUUCCCUGCCCCCCCAACCUAUUACGAAAACGGAACCCAUAGCUCUUCCCCAACCUGUUAAUAUUCCUUCCGAACCCGCGGCUGUGCAUUUUAAAAUGGAACCAUACGAUUCGACGCAGAACCUGAUUGACGAAAGUGGCGAUGACAAUUUCGGCGAAGACACUUUGGACGAAACCGUUGGCGACGAUACAGAGGACUAUUCUAUGAUGGAAGGUGGUACUGGCGAGGAAGAACCACAGGCGGGAACCAGUGCCGACGGAGCAGGCGAAGGACAAGUCCUGGUCUACAAAAAUUUCGAGGAAGGCUCAAAGAAACGAAUAGUCCUGAAUGGUUACGAGUUCGAGGAGGAAGUAAACGAUAUUAAUCCGGUGCCAUGGAUAUGCGUUAGAAGACAUUUUAGUUGUACGGCACGAUUUUACGAAAGAACCGACAACGUUUUUGAAAUUACCACUCCCAUAAAGCACAAUCACGCACCUACUUACGAGGACAACUUAGAUUUGCUCAGCGUAUCGAUCGUCGAUAUCAAAAGACGAUCGAAAAUAGACAGCGUGAUCAUACUCGCCGAUUCCGAUCUCGAUGAAGAUACAGAAGAUGAAGAUGAUACAGAAGAUGAUUCAGAAGAAGAUACAGACGAAGAAGAACCUUCGCCGUACCCUAUACGUCCAAUACCUGGAAAAGAAAAUAAAGGUAAUACGGAAGAAGAAGAAGAAGAAAGCAAGAAAAAGGAAGCAAAGCAGCGACCUUCCAGACCCUCAAGACCUUCGCCGUACCCGAUACGUCCUAUACCUGAAAAAGUAGUCGAAGAUGAUACAGAAGAAGAACGCAAGAAAAAGAAAGCAAGACAGCGACCUUCCAGACCUUCACCGUAUCCAAUACGUCCGCUACCAGAAAAAGAAGAUGAAGAUGAUACAAAAGAAAAGGAAGAACGCAAGAAAAAGGAAACAAAGCAGCGACCUUCCAGACCUUCGAGACCUUCGCCGUAUUCGAUACCUGACAAAAAAACUCUUCUUAAAAACGGGAAUAUGAAAAGCAGGCGUAGUUUGUUGAAGAAACAGCCACCGAAUUUCGAUGAAUCCUUGCUUGAGUUGAAAAAGGUUACCACGAUUCGUAAGAAGCGUCUUCAUUAA